AUGGCUUCUCAGUGGCAAGAGGGAUGGGACGUCAUCGCCGAGGUGCACAACGCCCAGUUUCCGGGCCACAAGCGCUCCGCUGGCUCGUUGAAGCGCAAGUUCGCAAAGCUCUACCGCACCAAGAUCGAUUCUACCACCAAGGAGAAGCAUGCGCGCGCUGCUGCGAUGGCGAAAAAGGUGCGUGAGGAGAUGCGCGGCCAGCGACGCGGUCUCGCCGCCUCCACACGCUCGUUGGGCGAGGACUUUGUAGCAGAGACCGACCCUGGUGUGGGCGUGCAGGAAGUGCACACAGAUCUGAACGAUGUCGAGAUGAUCACGGCCCAGCCAGGUACGCAGCCGCAAACGCUACCUGAAGCUACAGUGACGGCUAGCGAGCACGAGCUACGACAGACACUAUCGCAGAGCGUGCCCAUGACCCAAGACACGUCGGAUGCGUGGCAGGCGGCCAUCGGUCGCUGGCCGGUUGCAAGCGAACCAUUGCGUCGAAUGCGGUCACAGAUUGAGAACGGUGAGGCCACGUCGAGCCAGGAUCUAGCGCAGACUGUGCUGCUUGUGCUGCUGGAGUCCCAGCACCAGCGUGACCUGGAGCGGGAUCAGGAACGUGAGGAACGUCGACAGGAGAGACAGUGCUGGCAAGAAGAAAUGCGCGAGCAGCGUCGUCGACAUGAGCAAGAACGUAUGGAGGACCGACGCAGAAAUGAACAGUUCAUGCAGGUCAUGACCACGCUCGUGGCGCAGAUUGCUGCGGGGCAACAGCAGCGAGUCGGCUUGAACUGA